AUGACAGGGUGGCAGGCGAUGGAGGACUCCAGGCCAACGCGCGGAAAGAGGAGGUCGUGGCUUCCAGCCUGCUGCUCCUCGCAAGCAAAAGAAGGCGGCGACCCGCGAUUGGAUGCGGUAGCAUCGACACCAAGCAAAGAGGAAGACUACAUGGGUCCAGACGUGUCAAAUGUGGGACGUGGCUACGACGGCGAGCAGGGCAACAUAAAUUCCUGGGCGGGCGAGGAGCAGCUAAGCCCGCCACAGAAGGAACCUGAGUCUGAAACGACCCCCGUCCAGGCUGCCCAGGCUGACCUUCUAGCCUCGUUUGAACGCGCGGCUACCCCUGAGGCGCUGUCGCAGACUUGCGAAACUGCUAGGUUCGGCUUUGAGUUGUGCCGCACAUUUCAGAAGGAUCAGAGACUGAGGGCGGUCCCCGUCAUCGCAGCCAAGCCGUCUACAGCCAGUGGAGAGGAUUUUGAGACCGCCACUGGCUUGAGCUUGGUAAGAACGAAGCUAGAGCGUUGCAUGCUGAAAGACCACGAGCUGCCGCUGUCAGACGUGCUUCAAGCCAAGGUUUGUGCAAUCAGGGCCAUGGCCGAGGCCACAGUGGCGUACAAGUUCGAGAACGUUAAAGAGCUGCAUCAGGCAAUCUCAACGCGAGUGUCCGAGGCUGUCGAGGUCGAGGACUUCAGCAAAGCUGAAGAGGUCUAUGAGCUUCAGAAGCUUGCAGAGGACUGUCUCAAGGGCUUCGAGCUGGAUGAACGCCAAGGUGGAUCUGCUGAUUUGACAGCGGGUGCCAUAUCCUUGGGACCAGCCUCGUCUCUUGGGCUUCUCGAAGGUGACUUCACUGUGGAGUUCUGGAUGCGUUGCCACGUUGAUGUUUCAGCUCGAACCCCCUUGCUGACUGGCGACCCUUCAAUCGUUGGAAGCUUUCCGUCCCUGUACGUGAAACCGGGCGGAGGUCUCCAACUUGACUUUGCCGGUGGAAACAGUUAUUCCUCGAGGAUGCGUCUCCAGCAGACAAAGAAGUGGAUGCACGUAGCCAUCUCCUACAGCUUCAGUCCGAGUGACAACGACUUCAAGGUGAGCCUUUUCCAGGAUGGUUUGCAGGUGGAGUUUGGAAGCGAGAUCUGGGCGGUUAACAUGGAUUCGGAACUCAGGCUCGGUCCUUUCCCUGGGAAGCUGGCCGAGUUCCGCGUCUGGGACCACGCAAGGGCGGCGGAUGAGGUGGAGCUGUGGAUGACUCGCCGCUGCCAAGGUGACGAGCCAGGCCUUUGUUGCUGUCUGAGCCUUCGCCCUGCGCGUGGCCUGUCAGACUCCACUUUGGAUCCUGGCAAGGCCUUAGCCAGCGGGCAUUUCUUUGCUGACCGAGGGGCCUUUGACGGUCCAGUUACUUGGGAUGGCGACUGCCCGAGUCUGCUUGAUGAUCCGGCAGAAGACGAAUCGGUCGGCGAUUGCAGAGAGUGUGGGCAGAAGUACACUGCCAAGCAGGCCAGACCCGAUGUCCUGGCGGACAGCGACCCUUGGAGCAACGACAGCCUGCUACGAGCCUGGGAGUGGCUGGACAGUUCGCACGAGACGAAGGUUGUCGAGCGCCACCAAGUUGCAGUUGAAUGGUACAAGUUAGGACGACGAGAGGCCGAACGCAGGCAGCUAGAGUCUGAGGCUCGCCAGGUGGAGGAGCGCCAGCGAAAGGAGUACCUGCAUUGGCAAGAGCAGCAGAGACAGCAGGAAGAGCUGGAGCUAAAGAGAAGGGAGGACGAGGCUCGUGAUCCAGUUCUUCGACUAUCCUGCGACUUCUGCGUGGCUUGCAGUGCCCGCAUGCCCAUCGAGAAGGCGGCGGAGAUGGUAUGGGAGGUGGAGCAGAAUUUGCAGCCCACGGCAGCAGGAGCAGCAGAACAGGUGCUGGGCACCCCGCCGUGUCCGCAGGUCCCCCACCGGUUUGCGGCACAAAUGACAUUCGUGUCCACAGACUCAGGCUAUCCCGCAAAAGGCCCCGGCUUCUUUGCGCAGGCUGUGGACUUGAAAGCUAUGCGAAUGGAAACCAUUCGGCCCUUCCUUGGCAAGAUUAAGGGCAUGGACACCAAUUUGACCAUGCUGAGCAUAGGCAAUCAUUCCUGGGACCUUACAGGGUUCAAUCAGCCAAUGUGCCGUGUUCUGCCCAUGUUUGGAACUCAGCGCUUCCACGACAUGUUUGCCUGGGCUGCGAAUCCGGCACUAUCGGAAUACGUGGGGCCGCACGUCGUGGCUGGACACAGCUGCGACCUGUGGCGCUUCCGUUUCGGGAGCAAGACCUUAAACCAGACCUUGUGCGCUGAUGGAAAUAUUCCAGUGGAGCUAGUGAUUUCGAUCAACAACUCCAGUGGCACAACGGUAAAGAAGAUGCUGGCCAGCUACCAGUUCAGCCAAGUGACUUCUCAGGUCGAUCAGACGCUUCUGGAGAAGCCUUCCAUUUGCGAGAGCUUGGUCCCGCCGUGCGAGAACGGGCGAGAUGUGGAGCCGGUGACUGUGGAUGCAUACGUCUUCCACCCUGGCAUCUCAGCAAUUGACUACAACAUAGAGGAUCAGAAUGUGGCGGAUUUGCGAGGCGAUGCGCUUUUCAUUUGCAUGGACUGCCUCCAGAAUCAGAGCUCCUUCAUCGACCACAACUACACGCGGAUCUCUCGCUACACGCUGCAAAUGUCGCCAGCAUUUGGCCAGUAUGCACUUUGCAAUGGCUAUCCGGACACCGUGCCACCUGGUCCGGAGUGUGUCGGUGGGGAUCCCCGUCUGGUUGGAAAGGAAGCGCCCUUCUUCGCUGGUGAUGGAGAAAACAGGUGCUCGGCUGACAGCUCCAUUGGUUUCUGGUAUGGCCUGCCGAAGGCUGGCCACUGCUCGGCGGGCGAAGUCCCCAAGAAGAGCGCCUGGGAGUCGGGCUGUACCUGGUCGAUCCUGAAGCGCCACAAGACCAUCAAGCAGACUUGCCUGCUCAACGACCACCACUACCUGACCUUCUGCCAAGCAGACUUCAAAGAGGGCAAAGGCUUUCCAAGGAGUGAGGCAGCGCUGCUUGCGGCAUUCAGCUCUGAAGAUCCCUCGAAGGGAGGUUGUGCAGACAUCGGCGGGCAGGAUUCUGCAAUAUUGCGCAUCUAUUUCACAGUAGUCAGCAACCAUCUGGUGUUUUCGGCAGGAAGAAGCGGCACGCCAGAAGAUCUUGCAGCUACGGGAGCAUGCGCAGCGGGCUCGCCGAAUGACCCAAGACUCUCUCAGGACGUUGGCGAGCUGGACAUGCCCAUUUUCAAGGAUCGCACUUUCCUCCUAGCGGUGUCCGUUCUGCACUGCUGCGCCGUGAAGAGGAAAGUCUUCUCGCAUGAGUUCCUUUCGACGGCUCAGCUGCUCCCAAAGCAACAUGAGCCCAAGGGCUCACAAAGCCGCUCCAAGGCGGCCUCGGGAACUCCAGAACUUCCGAAGCCCCUGUCCUUGCUUUUCCAGGCAAUCCCUGGCCGACUGAAUUGGCAGCCAAAGCCGUACAUGGCACUGGUGCGCAUGCUGCUGGAAGUGGUUCACGCAGAAGCCAUGCCGCCUUUCGUUCAUGCAGCUGCUCACAAGGUGGCCUCGACUGCCAUGCAGGCUGCCGCUUCCCAAGUGCGCAAGGUCCUUCAAGAGGCGCAGUGUGCGGAGGAUGCUGGCGCUUGGCUCGUUGAUGUCUUCUGCGAGGAGUGGGAGCAGCAUAAGGCGGGCUUGCCUCACCUGCCGGAGUUUUUUGCAGACCCACGGCGCCUGGCCCCGCCUGAAGGUGCUGUUGGUGUGGGCAGGCGGUCGUCGAUGCAACGACCCAGCAUCGUGGUUGCCGCGCAGCAUGCUGUGCGGAGUCUCCUGAUGUGCAGGAGGCUGGUGCGAAGCCUUCCUGGUGCCGUGCCAAAGGCAGAGGAACAACCAGGAGGUCCACAGUGGCUGCGGUACAGUGACGAGCCAUUGCCAAUUCAGUUGCCGAUGGAGGCUUCGGGGCGCCUUCGGGAAGGUGGGGUUGUGGACCUCCACAACUACACUUGUUCUGCCGGCAAUGGUUUGCAGGGAGACGGCCGGAGGGGUACUUUCGGGUCCUGUCUGGCCUUUAUGGGAUCUGCAUGGUGCGCGGACCAUCGAAGACCUCAGGCAGACUGUUCUCUCUUGUCAGCUUUCAUUGGCAGCGGUGUCGUGCUGACUGAGCUACGCAGCCUUCGCACAACCGAGCUGAGGAAAAAAUGUGUGAAGCUGCUGGAAACUUUCAACCCGAAAGUCACCACUGUAGAUGCCUACAUGGACGAUGCCAAGUUCUUGGAAGAUCCCAUGAUUGGAGACGUGGAGCUCAAGUUUAUCCAUCAAAUAUUCUACGGCUGCCAUCGCUACGACAAGCUUCUGAAGCUUUUCGUCACGAGCUUUGCCUUCAGGGUCCCAGCCAUCGCCGUUAGAUCAGAGCAGAGCUUGUACCAAGUCCUGGCCUACCUUCUCUUCUUCAGGCUUGAUGAAAUGGGCUUGCAAGAUUUCCGACAGUUCAUUUUCUGUGGCUAUGGAAGUCCUCCAGCCAUCUUCGCGCUCAUGCAGUAUGCUCUGGAUCGAGAAGAGCUGAACAAUUGGGUCAUGCAGGAAUGGCUGAAGCACUAUGACCCAGAAUAUUUGGACGAGGACGUGCUUGGAAAACUUCAUCGCCGAGCCGAGGAUUUGAGACCGAUGAUGGAGGAAAUUCAGCUCAAAGCGACGGGUGUUGCAAAGUCUGGUGGUCAACGUGGACCCGGCACAGUCAAGUCUGACAAGAAACUCACCGAGUUCGAGCCAUUCAAUCUCACGGCCGUGAAGCCGAGGUUGAUCCCUGAGCCGGAGAGUUCCGUGCUCAAGGACUUGACUGCGCAUCCUGUACCCGCGCACAUCAAUCGGACAAGCCUGGCGGCGAUAGAGGAGGCGAGAAAAAGGCAGCGUGAGGAAGAGAAGGCAAGAGUUGCUGCGAAGUAUUCGGUUGACGAUGAGUUCAUUUUUGAGACCGCCGGUCGGCGAGACCAUGAGACGAUCAGGAUGCAGCUUCAAGAAGAUGCAGACAAGAAGACCAUGGCUGAGUGCACAUUCCAGCCGAAGGCCAAGAAACGCAUCAUGCCAGCAGAGGAUGCCACAGUGCGGCAGAACACCACACAAGUCCUUCGAGAGGAUGCUCGAGUGAGGCAGACAAUGCUGGCAGAGCACGACUUGCUCAAACAGUAUGAGGCUGAACUACAUGAUGCCUCAGAGUUUUACGCGUGGCAGGAUCGCAUGAGGAAGAAGGACUUUCUUGAGGAGGAGGCCCGCACGAAGGAGCGCAUCAUCCAGACGCAACUGGCAAGAGAUGUCGCUGCAGAAGCGCAUGAAGCAGCAACAAGGAUGAAAUCCAUCCAAGCCGAGUUUCAGAAGAAAGACCUGCAAGUACAACUCGAAGCCAAAGAACGAGAGUAUGAGGCUGAUCUCGAGCAGAAGCAGAAAGUUGUGGAGCAGACAACUGAAGACAGAGAGAAGGCCCGCAUUGCUGAGCAGGAGGUUCUCGUAAUCAAGCAGGAGCAUGCUGAGCAGCGACGCAGAGAAAAGGAGGUUGAUCUUGCCAAGAAGAAAAGGGAGGAGGACUACGAGAUGGAGCGCAAGAAAGAGCUCAUUCGUCAAAUCCGAGCUUUGGAGCGUGCUCCGCGUGAGACAGCGAAGGUCUUCGACCGUGCUGAGGCCCCCGCGCAGGGAUUCCUGGAGGAGAUGUCGUUCGCUGAGCUGAAGGAACGGCUGAUUGUCAUGCAAGAGCAGCACGAGAGGCGCGUGGAGGCGAAGCGCGAAAGGCAGUUGGCCAAGAAGGAGCUCUUCGAUUUCUGGGGAAUCGGCAGCAGAACGGUCCACGACGGAGUGCUGUACGUUCUCGCACUACAGCAGCGGGAGCAUCGCAUCGUGACAGGGCGAGGAAUACGAACGCUUCUGCCGGAUGAUGCCUGCCAGAACAUAUUGGGCGAUGCUAGCAGAUGUCUAAAACAUGGCGACGUGGAUGCGGCGGUUGAAACGGUGGCACGCGGAAUUGUCAAUGCCAUCUGGUGGCGGCAAGUCUGGCGCCGACUGAGGCCGAUUGCUCUAGGUGUGACCGUGGCCCUUUUCAUUUGGGCUUGGAUUGUGUGGCGUCGAUGCCGCAAACGAAAGCAAGCAUACGCUGAACGAGCAAGCCGCUUGAAACGGCUUGUGGAUACCCUGCAUGCAAGAUCAUCCAGUGAGAACCUCGAGACCACUGUCUGUCCCGUUUGUCUGGAUUGCUUGAGCGACACGGCCCUACGUGCCAAGGAUUUUCUCGACCCCAACAGGCAGACAGGCGUGGUUGGCGAUGUCGAGCUGCUAAGGUGCGGGCAUCUCGCUCAUGAGCGUUGCGUGUCGAAAUGGUUAAGCCACUCCAGCACCUGCCCUCUAUGCAGAGCCGACCGUCCUCGUUUGAGAUCGACAGGGACAGCUCCGGUUGUUCUCGACUUGGCCUCGGCAGAUACAGUUCGGCAGCUCCGAGAAGCUUUAGACCGGCAGUUCCAAGAUCUCGGAGCGUCCGAGCAACAGGAGCUGUGGCAGCAGCACUUCGAGCACCAAAACUCAAGCUGCAAUCGGAGCUGGCUGGGGCUGGACGAGCUGGCUGAUCGAGCUGGCUGGGACGGGGCGAGCUGGCUGGAGCACAGCCCCAGCGUGGAAUCAAGUGUUGGUGGCUUUGGAGGCGGAUCCUGUGACGGUGGAGGAGGUGCGGGUGGAAGCUGGUAG